AUGUCCCUGUUUGUAUCGGAUGACGACAGUAACUAUUCCGACCAUAACAGUGGGGAGAAUGGUUUGUUUGGAAAAAUAGACAUAAAUUCUGUAUUUGAAGGUGCAUCUGGUCGUAAGAGGCUUCAGUUACAAUCUCAGUUCCAUGGCGAUUGCCGUUUCAAUUUGACCGAAGAUUUCAUGAGCGAUAGAAGUGACGAAAUAUCACGGGCACUAAGUGAAGAAAAGGCAAUAUACUCAAAUCAAUGUUUGGUAACGGAAUACUCAACAAAACUACCAGAAACUCCCGAGUGGGAAGAAAUACGAAGAUUUGGUCCUGAGGCCCCAAUGGUGAUUGGAGAUAACUUUCCCACGAAGAAUUUAGCAACGUCUAUGCCUGUGGUACCAAAGGACGUGCGAAUCGAGAUAAAGGCAGAUCUAAAGCGGUUGUUCACGCCAAAUGCAAUGAAU